AUGAAACCGUUUCGCGCUCACCAUUGUAGCCGGUGUAAAACCUGCAUUCUAAAGAUGGAUCACCAUUGCCCCUGGAUCAACAACUGCGUAGGCGCUCGAAACCAGAAGCACUUUUUCCUUUUCCUUCUCUACGUUCACGUCGGAGAAGUGUUCGCUUCGUUUCUUGGUAUCGGUUUUUUGUGGCUCCACCGCGCCGAUCUUGUCGUUUGCUGCCUUCUCUGCAACUCCUUACCGAACUAG